AUGGAGACGGAGAGUGCUGAUACUCGACCAUCCUUUGAGAAUAGAGACGAAGGCACUUCCAAAGAAUCGGAGCCGAAUAGAAGUAAUUAUCCCUUUGUCGUUAACACGGACAAUCUCAAUUCCUCGAACACUUCGGAGACUCCCCAACUUGAGACAACACCUGUAGAUUUUCGGUUUCCGACUACAAAUCAAUCAAGACAUUGCUUCACCCGCUACAUCGAACAUCAUAGGUGUGUUGCAGCUAAAGGUGAGGGUGCUUCUAAGUGUGAAAAAUUCGCAAGAUAUUAUCGAUCACUUUGCCCUGGUGAAUGGGUAGAUAGAUGGAAUGAGCAAAGGGAGAAUGGAACCUUUCCGGGUCCAUUUUAG